GAGUAUUUUUAAAAACUAUGCGCUCUGCUGCAUGCCUGCCUCUGGGAGUGGAGCUCAUGUGCCGUUUGGCAGACAAAAGGCAGGAGGGCAAACAUUAGCAGGGUUCUCUCAUAGCUGAAAACACAGAAGGUCAAACAAGGGAAAAAAUGGAAAAGCCUGGAAACUCCUGGAAAGGGCUGGUAUCAGAGCUCCAGCUGGAAAGGUUUCAGGUGAUAGCAGCAGAGCUGAAGGCGUCCGGCAGAUUCCUCCUCAGACCUCUGGAGGCAGUUCUGGAGUUGGUCACUGACUUAUUAGCCAAGAUUUUAGGAACCAACCUGGUCCGAAGACAUUUCCACCUGGUGCUGUCUGGACUGGUCCUGUUUGGACCUUUGCUGAGUUUCUGGGUAUCCAAGUACAACAUCUUUGCGAACAGCAACCACUUCCUGUACAGGAAGUUCCUCAGAUCCACUUGGGGCUGGACCUGCAUCCUCACAGGCUCCUUCGUCCUCCUCCUCUCCUUUUCUGCUCGUCGAUCCGUCCCACUCUCCCUCCGCCACUUCUCCCGGAUCGGGCUUACAGGUUUGAUCUGGUGGGGGGCUCGACGCCUCCUCACCCUGCUGGAGGACGCAGCAGGAAGCUGCUAUGAACCCAUGCCCCCCGCCCAGGAUGUCCAGAGCUCUGCUGUGGCAGCACAGCCUCCGCUGCUCCUGCUGCAUGAGGAUCUAACCAAAGCCUCCUGCCUCAAAGGGAAUUUACUGUGGCGGGGUUAUGAGGUGUCCCAGGAUGUGCUCAUUCUCUGUCUGUGCUGCUUGCUGCUCCUGGAGGAGAUCUCCGUCUUCAGCCGACACUUAUCCCAGCAGAGGUCACCUGGAGCCCCGAUAAAAGUCCUCUUCCUGCUCUGUGUGGUACUGCUCAUCCUGUGGAUGUUCUUGCUUCUCUGUGUGCUCUCAAACUUCCCCAACUGGCCGUCCCAGCAGCUGGGAGGAGCGCUGGGCUACCUCGGCUGGAGAGGACUCUAUCAGGGAUGGUACCGGCUGAAACCCAGGUGGUGCUGCCCUGGCUUACCGGGAGAAGAACUUUUUGAAAAGGAGCCCAAACGCCUUUGAUGGAAGUUUUCAAAGUAAGACGUGCCAGACAUACAAGAGAGAUUAUGUUGCUUUAUUUUGUAAUCCAAACCAAAAUGCUAGCGCAGUGAGAAAAUGAAAACCUUCUUGUCAAUGUCAUACUACACUUGUUGUGUAAAAGCCAGUCUCAGUAGAUGAGAGCUUUCCCAUCUCCUCUGGGCCUCUUAAUCUUGUCGUAGUUCUUCUUAAUGAUGUCAAACAGCACAGCCUGGAGACAGAAACACAGUUAGAUCAAGAAAUAACUAAAAGAUAGGUGGGCAAGAGUGACGCUCAGGCACUAGAGCCGCUAUUCAACAGCCCCUCUCAUCAGAUACGGGAGCAUCAAACGCAGGAGGACAAUGGCCAAAGAGACAAUGUGAUUAAUGGACUGCACGCUGGGCCCCAAUCAGUUUAAAACAACCAGGGCAAUUAGCUUAAUUACUCUCCUAUUAGGCAGAAAUAGAGCCUGCUGCUGGGGCUUGAAACAAAAUGCACAGCGGAUGCUGAGCCAGAUGACAAUCAGUCUUACAUAUAUGUUGCGGAUCUCCAAGAUGAUAAGGCGGAGCUCGCAGUACUGGUACUGGUCCAGCUCGUGAACCAGCUGUCUGUAGUCGCCCUGCGGCAGAAGGUCCACAAGUUUAGAGGCAGGAACGGUGAUGCUGCAGCACUCGACCUUGCAAGUACACAACAAAUACGCACCACGUGGGGUUGUUUGGAGGCCUUGGCAACGGCGUCACCUCUCUCACUGUAAUAUCUGGGAAAAAAGGAAACAAUUUGACUCAAUUUCUAUGGUCUUUUGUUCAUUUUCAGGCAAGUUUAUAAACCUAAAUAUAAGAAUAGGUGAGGAAAACAAACUCAGCAUCAUUUUCUCUUUAUCAGUUAAAUGUAUGUUAAAAACUAGGAAGCAUCCAGCUCUUACUUUGAAAUCUGAGUCUGCAUUGCCUCGAUCUUGGUGCGUGUGCUGGUCAGCAGCUCAAACACUUUCUCCUGUGUCAGGAAAAUAUUACAACACAUUUUGAUGUUUCCAGCAACGUUCUGUAACAUUAAACCUUUAACACCAGAGCUCCAGUGUUUAUCUUCUUUGAUUUACUGUAAUGAUCAACAUUAUUCCAGUAAAUUCUAAAGGAGAAAAGCGGCUCACAUGCUUUCACCCACCUGUACAGCCACUCCAAAGUUGUUGCCGUCCUCAAUUCUAGGGAUUUGGAGCUGCACCCACAUUGACACCUUUUGGUAAAAAAAAA